AUGUCACUUUCUGCCACCCGUCCUCUACUCUCAUCAUCUUCCCGCCAAUGGCUCUCCCGCCAGGCGCGUGACCCGUACGUGCGGGAGCGGCUGAACCAUCCAGACAAGUUCCGUGCGCGCUCCGCGUUCAAGCUGCUCGAGAUCGACCAGAAAUUCAACCUCUUCACGCCUGCAGUGCGCACCGUCGUCGAUCUGGGCGCGGCGCCUGGUGGCUGGAGCCAGGUCGUUGCGGGUAAACUAGGGUGGACGCAGGACGUGGUUGUAGUUCCGCGUAAGGCGAGGGGAAAAGGAAAGGCGGUGGACAGGUCCGAUGGCUUACGAAAGUUCGACCGGAGGAGCUCGCCCGUGCCAGAGGUGGAUGAAGACUUUAUUGACCCUCUGAGAGAUACGGGAUUGGAUCUAGAACAGAGCGUCUUGCGCCCUGCAGGACGAGGAACGAUCCUCGCCGUCGACCUAUUACCGAUACAGCCAAUACCUGGAGUGAAAACUGUCAGGAUGGACUUCUUGUCGGAAGAAGCGAGAGCGCACAUUGGCUCGCUGCUCCAGCACGAAGCUGGUUCGGGCGGGAAGGCAGAUCUAAUCCUGUCGGAUAUGGCUGCCAAUAAGACGGGUAACGAUGUUGCUGAUAGCGGCUCGGGCGUCAUCAUCUCGCAGGUAGUUCUUACGUUUGCAGAGAGUCAUCUUCGAGUGAAGAAAAGCUCCGAGAAAUCGGGCGGAGGGACCCUUGUUCUAAAAUACUUCGAUGAUCCUGCGCACAAGGAAAUGCGCGAUACAGUACUCAGUCGUUAUUUCCAGACUGUUGUCUCACACAAACCACCAGCUAGCAGGUCAGAGUCCAGCGAACGAUAUUGGAUAUGUACAGGUUUUAGAGGGAGCCCUUAG